AUGAACCAGGCCUGGGUAUUUGGGUUGGCUUGGUGUGAGAUAUGGAGAUGUCUAGAUGUCCUGGCAUCAACAGCCUCCAUCCUCAACCUCUGUGUGAUAUCUGUAGAUCGCUACUGGGCGAUCACAGAUCCAUUCGCCUAUCCAACCAAAAUGAGUGAAAGGCGUUCUGUUCUUCUGAUCCUUGGAGUUUGGAUUUGUUCAAGUUUUAUCUCGUUUCCAGCAAUUAUAUGGUGGAGGUCUACUUCAUCAGGAGAGGUAGCUGAUUGGAAAUGUCCGUUUACCGAGGAUGUUGGUUAUCUAGUUUUUUCAAGCACGGUUUCAUUCUACGGUCCGUUGACAGUAAUGGUGUUUACAUAUAUUAGAAUAUUUCAGGCGGCGAGAGAAUACAAUAAAAGUCUUAACUCAGGAACAAAACAACUUUCCUCCGGUGGGGCGGGAGAAAUAACUUUAAGGAUACACCGAGGAGGAGGAGGAGGAGCUGGAGCUAAGAAUGGAGUUGGUCCUCAGAAUAGUGUCAAUAACAGCGCUGUAUCCCCCAGAACGAGGCGGCGAAAGAAGAAGUCCAUGUUCACCAAGGAAGCUAAAGCUGCCAAAACUCUCGGAACUGUUAUGGGAGUUUUUAUCAUCUGCUGGCUACCAUUCUUUAUUCUCAACAUUAUUGCAGGCAUAUGCUCAUCUUGUAUACAGAAUCCUGAAGUAGUUCUUGGAGUUGUCACAUGGUUGGGUUGGAUCAACAGCUGUAUGAAUCCAUUCAUUUAUGCGUCCUGCAGUUUAGAGUUUAGAAGAGCAUUUGCAAGGGUACUCUCAUGCUGCCUUCCAAUAUCUGUGCAGAAGUGUUCCAAGACCGUGCCAAAAAGGAAAACCCUUAAGGAUUUAUCGUCUGCUUCCUAUCCUGCUGCAUCUUCAGAAUCAACUAGAAGAACCCUUCUGGUUGAGCAAGGGAAGCGAGAUUUCUGCUCUGAUAGAACGCAUGUCCUUCAUGAAACAAAAAGUGAAGAAAGAAAAAAUCUUCCAUCCUUCUUAAUUGAAGAAUAUCCAGAAAAGAAACUUGCCGUGUCAACUCUUCUCACAUCUUCAGGAAGCACGCAAAGUAAAAUUCAAACCAAAAUUAGUGCAAUUGUGACUCACAGCUCCUCAAAUAGCAUCAGCCCAGCCAACCCUGAUAUCAAGUGCAAUGCCGCAAGUUCAGACCGUUUGUCUAGUACAGUCGUCAUCACGGGGAAUAAGGAAGAUGUCAACAAAGAAACAACAAGUAAAAAUACCUCAAGUAUAGCUGGUACAAACGGUGCAGUGAAAAAUAACACAGAUGGGGCAAGGAUUAUUAUUAGUGCCCCCCUCAGUACGUCAAAUGUGACUGAUACUGAUGAAAAUGAAGUGUGUUAUUUAAACAAUACCGUAUCAAAAAUAUGUACAGUAGGUACACAAAGUUCAUUGUGUACAUCAAAAGCUGAAACUUCUACUGUGCUUUCUGCCUUUUAUACAAAGAGAAACGGAGUAACGGAUACAGGAAGAUUAAAACUGGAUGGUGUCCGUGUAUCAAGCGCUGAACGCUAUCUAGUCAGUUAUAGGUCGGAUGUAAAUGGAAGCUCAGCAAGUUCUGCUUUACACUCUCUUGAAAGGAAAGUUGGAAACUCUACCUCAAAAAGUCCUCCUUCUGGAGGUCAAACCUUGAAUCAUCCUCCACCUAGUGGUGGAACCUUGAACUAUCCUCCACCUGGUGGUCAAACCUUGAACUAUCCCCCACCUAGUGGUCAAACCUUGAACUAUCCUCCACCUAGUGGUCAAACCUUGAACUAUCCUCCACCUAGUGGUGGAACCUUGAACUAUCCUCCACCUGGUGAUCAAACCUUGAACUAUCCUCCACCUAGUGAGCGAACCUUGAACUAUCCUUCACCUAGUGGUCAAACCUUGACCUAUCCUCCACCUAGUGGUCAAACCUUGAAUCAUCCUCCACCUAGUGGUCAAACCUUGAACUAUCCUCCACCUGGUGGUCAAAUUUUGAAAAAUUCUUCUCCCUGCGGCCGAACUUCAAACUUCCCUCCUCCUAAUUGUCCAAUAAUAUUCGGCUCCAACGAAAUGCUUUUAUAGGGAGAUAUGUUGUUGAUGUAUUUCUAAUUCAUAAAAUAAUAUAUUUUUUCUCAAAUUUUAUAAAAAUAAUUAUCUUUCCAUUUUCCAAAUCCUAAAUGUUAUAAUUACUGCAGCUCAAAGAUGCAAAGAAAGUUAUUUCAAAAGUGUACGCAUCUUUUGUACUGCAGUGUACUGUCUCUGGGCGGUAAUGUAAACACA